UUUCUGUUCCGUUUCAGAUCUGUAAACUUUAAAAGCAAGCCCGAGGGUGGCACUCGAAUAGUAGCCGAAGAAAUCAUUGAAGAGGUCAAAGAGGAGGCUGUGGACCCAUUGCCAGCCCCCCCGCCGGCUAAAUUAGCCAAACCCAUUUUCCCUCUUUCUGCGGCCGCAACCACAAGCAAAGUUUUGGCCGCUCAGCCUUUGGUUAAACGUAAAACCCCCUUGGUGCUGGUCAAGCCCAAGGCAGCAGCAACGACUAAGCCGACAGCAACCUCAACUACAGCAACGGAUAUUCCAAAGGCAGCUGAAGUUCCAAAGACCCCAGCUCCAGCAGCGAGUCUAUCCCUUCUAGCCGCCUAUAGCGAUAGCUCAGAGGAUUCCACCUGACACAGCAUUUUACUGAUCUUGUUUUUACCAAUUCCAAUAAA